AUAUAUAUAUUAUUUGUACAUACUGUACAUACAAAAUCAAAUUAUAGUUGUUCUGUAUCUCAAUCCCUCUCGAUCGGAUCAAACCCUAAUUGUAUCUUUUGACAUCGCAAUCCAAAUCUCCGCUCGUUUCCAUGUGUACAAGGUUCUUUAUCAGGAAUUCAACAGCUGAGGAGUUGGAUUCUCGUUUUGCGGUUAGACCCGAAUACCAAGGCGAUGUACCGAAGACCCAUUUCAAGCCCAAGGUACGGAAAACUCUUAGUGCAAGAAGAUGGAAAGUUGCAUUGUCCCAAGAUGGUCAUGUGGAUAUUGCAGGGGUGCUUAAGAGGAUACAAAAAGGGGGUGUUCAUCCAUCAAUCAAAGGGGUUGUUUGGGAGUUCUUGUUGGGUUGCUUUGAUCCCAACAGCACUUUCGAUGAACGAAAUGAGCUCAGGCAACGGCGGAGGGAGCAGUAUGAAGCAUGGAAGGCAGAAUGUCGAAAGAUGGUACCUAUAAUUGGUAGUGGGAAGUUUAUUACGACACCUAUAAUUACUGAUGAUGGCCAACCAAUCAACGAUCCUUCAACCAACAGUGAUUUAGGAGAUGACAGUGAAGCCAUGUCUACUAAUGAUGCUGGUUUAGACAAGAAAGUGACUCAGUGGAAGCUUGGCUUGCAUCAAAUUGGUUUGGAUGUUAUACGCACUGAUCGUGCUCUCAUCUUUUAUGAGAGUGAAGCCAAUCAGACGAAACUUUGGAACGUUCUUGCCAUUUAUGCUUGGGUUGAUAAUUCUAUUGGAUAUGUUCAAGGAAUGAAUGAUAUUUGCUCUCCAAUGGUUAUUCUUAUGGAAAACGAAGCAGACGCCUUUUGGUGUUUUGAGCGGGCAAUGCGCAGAUUGAGAGAAAAUUUCAGGUCCAAUGCGCAUUCUAUAGGGGUGCAGUCUCAGUUGAGUACACUCGCAGGAAUAAUGAAAGCUGUUGAUCCAAAGCUUCAUCAACACCUUGAGGAACUAGAUGGUGGGGAGUAUCUGUUUGCGCUCCGUAUGCUGAUGGUACUUUUCCGGAGAGAGUUGUCAUUUGUAGAUGCAUUGCACCUUUGGGAGGUGAUGUGGGCCAUGGAAUACAAUCCAAACAUCUUUACAUUAUAUGAGAUGUCGAGGUCUAGAUCAAAUGUGGGUGCAGAUAAGAAUGUUGCAUCCAACAUAGAUAGUAAGCUGCUAAAGCAGUAUGGGAAAUUUGAGAGGAAAAUUAUAGAGACUGGACAGACAGAACAAAAGAGUCCUCUCGCUGUUUUUCUUGUUGCAAGUGUCCUCGAGACCAAGAAUAAACGACUUCUGACAGAGGCUAAGGGUCCAGAUGAUGUUGUUGAGAUUGUGGGCGACAUAACUGCACAUUUGGAUGUGAAAAAAGCAUUGAAUGACGCAUUGAAUAUUCAGGAAAAAUACCUAAGCAAGGUGAAGCAAUUAUAGUUGAAUGCUUUGGAGCAUCGGCAACAUGUAUAUUUGAUUGAGGUUCACUCAAUUCUUUCUGUCCAUUUGGAUUAUCAUUUUCUUAGUAUAAGCAUUUCAUAUUUUCUCUCUCUCUCUCUCUCUCUCUCUCUCUCUCUCUCUCUCUCUCUGUAUAUGAGAAAUUGAAAUGAGAUGGAUAUGCAGCGCAACUUGCUUCAGCAAAUGUCUGAGAGAAUUUGUAUCAGUGAGAUCACAAGAGCGCCCUUUUUGGCUUGACAUGUUCUGCAGAUUUGCUCUGCUUCCAUGGUUUAUUGCCAAAAGUUGUGUUGUUGAAUGUUGCCCUUGAAUUGGGAUUGUCCUAAUUUGGAUUGAGAGCCCUGUAAUAAGCUGUGUUUAACUAAAACAUUAUUGGAUCAGGUUGAAAUUGUAUAUUUGAUAUGUAUUCUUGGGGGAGCCACUUUGAUGAUUGUGAGGUUUAAAUGCAUUUUUUUAGUCUCAACAUAA